UGAUCACAGCCGUUAGCAAAUCAGCGUUCAGAAUUUACAAAUGCCAUUAUAACAUUGGAUAUUAAUGUGUUAGAUUUUAAUUCAAAACUUUUAAAUAUGUGCAGAUGUAUGUAUUAACCCUUCAAAUCCCUGCAAAAAUGGAGGAUUGUGUACAAUGGAUUCAUUUGGAAAAGUUGUAUGUAUAUGUGCAGAUGGAUUUAAAGGAAAACGAUGCAAAAUAGCAGGUGCGAUAUGUUAUGUAAUUUUGAAAAUGCAUUUCUAAGAGAGAAUUCGUAAUUAAAACCUCAUGUAGUGGCGAAGCCAGCGGUCAUGCAGUGCAUGACUAAAAAUUUCCCCCAAAAUGUUUAAAAAUCAGUUCGGUUUAAUUGUUUACAAUAGAAUUAUACUUUAUCUUAGCAGUUCUACGCUUAAGUAUUUUAUUUAUUAUUUUGUUUACCAAAAUCUAUUAGUCUAGGACCUGUAUAGAUGUUUGUAUGCGUUUCAUUUAGCACAGGUAAUCUCAACUGUUUUAGGGUAAAAUGACCAUGGCGGUCAACAUGGCAUAUGUGCCAAAACCUGAAUCCGAGGCGAAAGUCCUGAAAAUGACUCCGCCCUGAAACGGCAGUGCCGACAUAGCUCUAACUUCCAAAAAGCAAAAGCGACAGCCUUCCUGAAGUGCUUAUAGUGUUUAUAGAAGGGCUGCUUUUAGGGGUGGUCAUUGGAAGGAAAAAUUUGUCUAAGUAUAAUAUUUUACCAGAAAAUGACUAUAUGCCCCACCCCAGGUAAAUUGCUGAUUAUUCACAAAAUAACUAAUAUGCCUGGCAGAAAUUUAAUGUUCUUAUUUGCUAAAGAAAAUUAUCAUGGGAUGAAAAACUAUGCUUAAUUUAAUAUAAUUAUUGUAGUUUUCAUAAGGAUUGCCAUUGUUUUCUUUAAAUAUAAUACAUUUUAAUUCACCCUGUCCUUCGAUAUUUCGUCAAAUUGCCGCCAUUUUAAUGGCUCGCCGCUUCUCUACCCGAUAAAUGCCACUUCUUCGUCUUCCUAUGUGUUUAGACUACAGUAUCCAAGAGUACUUCAUUGUAGAAUAGUCCCAAUCGAAAAAUGAAAACAUUUGCCGGGUUUUAAUGGCAAAACCCUCCAGGUAAUCAUUUAGGUUCAAAAUAAAAUACAAAGCAUUUGAAAGUCACGCGCAAUCUUCGCGAAAACUUCUCGUGGACACAUGACAGGAGGGGGUGAAUAUUUUCACGAAACGUUUGUUCGCCACCACACUGACCACAGAAACCUAAAAUAUAUUGUAUUUAUUGUAUUUUUAUGAAUUAUGAUAAAACUACCCAAAUAUUUAUUGUUUUUAUCAUAAUUCAUAAAAAUACAAUAAAUACAACAUAUUUUAGAUUUUUGUGGUGGAGAACAAACAUUUCGUGAAAAUAUUCCAUCUCCCUGUCAAGUGUCCACGAGAAAUUUUCGCGAAGAUUGCGCGUGACUUUCAAAUGCUUUGUAUUUUAUUUUGAACCUAAAUGAUUACCUGUAGGGUUUUGCCAUCAAAACUCGGCAAAUGUUUUCAUUUUUUCGAUUGGGACUAUUCUACAACGAAGGACUCUUGAAUAUACUGUAGUCUAAACACAUAGGAAGGCGAAGAAGUGGCAUUUAUCGGGCAGAGAAACGACGAGCCAUUCAAAUGGCGGCAAUUUGACGAAAUAUCGAAGGACAAAAUAUCGAAGAUAAAAUAUACUGCACUGUUUCAAAACUUCAUUAAACUUCGUCCAAAUCGUCUUUAGCCAUCUAUCAUUAUGUAAAAGUAUAACAACUGGAUGAUAUCAGCGAGACUCGGCGAUAAAAAGCAAACAAGACGGUAAAGUAUGGCUGAAAUGGUGUUUUCGUGGAGGGUGCAUGAGUGAAUUAAAAUGUAUUAUAUUUAAAGAAAACAAUGACAAUCUGUAUGAAAACUACAAUAAUUAUAUUAAAUUAAGCAUAGUUUUUCAUCCCAUGAAAAUUUUCUUUAGGAAAUAAAAACAUUAAAUUCCUAUCAGACAUAUUAAUUAUUUUGUGCAUAAUCAGCAAUUUACCUGGGGUGAUGCAUAGUCAUUUUCUGGUAAAAUAUUAUACUUAGACAAGACUUUUUAUUUAUUUAUUUACUUUGCCAUCAUACUUAUACAUUCAUUUGCUGGGAAACCACAACAGCUAUUGCCAAUUACAGUGGCCCCAAUAGUUAUACAGAAACAAUUUACAAGGUAUACUAAACACACACAACAGACAAUACAUGAACAACAGUCAUUACAUUUGUUUAAAAGCAGCAUGUCAAUGGAGAGUUCAUUAAACUUCGAGCGGAAUUUCUGUAUAACUAUUGGGGCCGCUGUAAUUGGCAAUAGCUGUUGUGGUUUCCCAGCCAAUGAAUGUAUAUAUAUAUAUACAUAUCAUGUAUAUAUAUAUAUACAUAUAUCAAGAGCCAGCCCCAAAAAAUCUUCAUUUAUAAAUAUCAAGAAAUCAUAAAACUUCAAAGUAAAUAAAUUAUAUUUUUACGUUUCGGACACAAGCCCCUUCUUCAGAAUAACGCUACAUCAUCUCCGUCUCUUGCUUAAAUAGUCUAACGUUUAGCUAUGCAUAAAUUAAUUAAACCUCUUCCCUUAAAUUAAGCCCACGUGGGACAUAACUAUUAAGUUUCUCAAUCCAAAAACUCUCCCUCUCGGUGGGGUUAUUAACGUCCGUGACGUCAAUAACCUGCACUAAAAAAUCACUUAGACCUGAAUGUCCCUCCCCCCAAAAAAUGGGCAUACAAAUGUUGCCCACAAAUAUUUCUCUGCCCCCGCCCAUAUCUAUUUAAUGCACUCUUGUGGUUAUUAAAUCGCAAUCUGAACGGUGUUAUGGUGUUCCCCACAUAUUGCAACCCACAGAAUUUACAACUAAUCAAAUACACUAUACCCUCCGAGUCACAAUCGAAGCAAUAAUUAAUGCAGAAAGACCGCCCCUCAACAUGGUUUUUAAAAGUAGCACCAAUAAUAACGUUGUCACAGAUUUUACAUUUCUUCUUUCCGCACUUAAACAUCCCUACAACCGUUUCCUCUUCCCUUCUCAAUUUAGAACGGAGUUUGUGAUCUUUAAGGUUUUUAGACCGACGAAAAUACACCAUUGGUGGUUCCGGCAUAAUACUUAAAAACCUUUCAGACCAACUACAAUUACUUUGCAAUUCCCUAAAGAUAUUAUAAAGGACCCUCAAUGCUGGAUGAUAAUCUAUCACAAAACAGUUCCUAUUACUAUUCUUAACACCUUCUUUCCGCAUUAACAAAUUAUUCCUGUCGACUUUUCUCACUCUACCAAACUGGUCAUCAACAAAAUCCGAAUUAUAGCCUCUCUUGACCAAAAAAACUUUUAGCUCGCUUAGUUUUUCCUCAAAAGCAUUUUCCGAGUUACAAAUUCGCUUUAAGCGCAAACCUUGACUAUAGGGAAUCGCUCUCUUGACAUGUGGUGCGUGACAAGAUUUAAAAUUCAAAUACUGAUGUGCAUCAGUAGGCUUAGAAUACACAUCAGUAUGGAACGCACCAUUAACUUUAUUAAUCCACACAUCAAGAAAAGCAAUUUCCUGUCGACUAAUUUCCCAAGUAAACUCAAUAUUCUCGUGAAAUGAAUUCAACUUACUGAGGAAAUUGUUUAAUUCCUCCUCCCCGUGAAGCCAUAUCAUGAAAACAUCGUCCAAAAACUCCACCAAACCCAAGGUUUAAGCUCGCAAAAAUCUAAAAAACGUUCCUCGAAAUACCCCAUAAAUAAAUUUGCAAAAUCUGGCGCAAAUUUUGUCCCAAUAGCCGUUCCCAAUUUUUGUCGAAACAUAUUUUCAUCAAAUUCAAAAAAAUUAUUUUCCAAAACCAAUUUGGCAAGUGAGAUUAAAUCAUCGACCGGCAAGUCCUUUUCUGCCUUAUUCAUUGCUAAUCUGAGAACCUCAAGACCUUCGCUGUGUGGUAUAUGAGGAUAUAAUCCCACUACAUCAUACAGAUUGAGUUAAACUAGCAUUUAAGCCAUUGUUAGAUAAAGGUUAUAUUUCUAGUAAAAACUUAGAAUACCUCGUUGUGCCGGACCACGGUUGGGUAGAUUUUAUUUAUUGCCUAAAAUUCACAAGCGGCUUGAAAAUGUGCCAGGUAGACCGGUUAUAUCCAACUGUGGUACGGCUACAGAACGAGUGUCGGAGUUUCUGGAUUUUUAUAUUCAACCAUUGGUGGAAGGUGUGCCGUCUGUAAUAAAGGAUAGUACACAUUUUUUGCAACGUUUGGAAGACUUAGGUCAUAUCUCAUCGACUGCGAUUUUGUGCACUAUGGAUGUAGUGGGAUUAUAUCCUCAUAUACCACACAGCGAAGGUCUUGAGGCUCUCAGAUUAGCAAUGAAUAAGGCAGAAAAGGACAUGCCAGUCGAUGAUUUAAUCUCACUUGCCAAAUUGGUUUUGGAAAAUAAUUUUUUUGAAUUUGAUGAAAAUAUGUUUCGACAAAAGUUGGGAACGGUUAUUGGGACAAAAUUUGCGCCAGGUUUUGCAAAUUUAUUUAUGGGGUAUUUCGAGGAACGUUUUUUAGAUUCUUGCGAGCUUAAACCUUGGGUUUGGUGUAGUUUUUUGGACAAUGUUUUCAUGAUAUGGCUUCACGGGGAGGAGGAAUUAAACAAUUUCCUCAGUAAGUUGAAUUCAUUUCAUGAGAAUAUUGAGUUUACUUGGGAAAUUAGUCGACAGGAAAUUGCUUUUCUUGAUGUGUGGAUUAAUAAAGUUAAUGGUGCGUUCCAUACUGAUGUGUAUUCUAAGCCUACUGAUGCACAUCAGUAUUUGAAUUUUAAAUCUUGUCACCCACCACAUGUCAAGAGAGCGAUUCCCUAUAGUCAAGGUUUGCGCUUAAAGCGAAUUUGUAACUCGGAAAAUGCUUUUGAGGAAAAACUAAGCGAGCUAAAAGGUUAUUUGGUCAAGAGGGGCUAUAAUUCUGAUUUUGUUGAUGACCAGUUUUUGUAGAGUGAGAAAAGUCGACAGGUAUAAUUUGUUAAUGCGGAAAGAAGGUGUUAAGAAUAGUAAUAGGAACUGUUUUGUGAUAGAUUAUCAUCCAGCAUUGAGGGUCCUUUAUAAUAUCUUUAGGGAAUUGCAAGUAAUUGUAAGUUGGUCUGAAAGGUUUUUAAGUAUUAUGCCGGAACCACCAAUGGUGUGUUUUCGUCGGUCUAAAAACCUUAAACAUCACUUAGUCCAUUCUAAAUUGAGAAGGGAAGAGGAAAUGGUUGUAGGGAUGUUUAAGUGCGGAAAGAAGAAAUGUAAAAUCUGUGACAAUGUUAAUAUUGGUGCUACUUUUAAAAGCCAUGUUGAGGGGCGGUCUUUCUGCAUUAAUCAUUGCUUCGAUUGUGACUCGGAGGGUAUAGUGUAUUUGAUUAGUUGUAAAUUCUGUGGGUUGUAAUAUGUGGGGAAUACCAUAACACCGUUCAGAUUGCGAUUUAAUAACCACAAGAGUGCAUUAAAUAGAUAUGGGCGGGGGCAGAGAAAUAUUUGUGGGCAACAUUUGUAUGCCCAUUUUUGGGGGGAGGGACAUUCAGGUCUAAAAGUGAUUUUUUAGUGCAGGUUAUUGACGUCACGGACGUUAAUAACCCCACUGAGAGGGAGAGCUUUUGGAUUGAGAAACUUAAUAGUUAUGUCCCGCGUGGGCUUAAUUUAAGGGAAGAGGUUUAAUUAAUUAAUGCAUAGCUAAACGUUAGACUAUUUAAGCAAGAGACGGAGAUGAUGUAGCGUUAUUCUGAAGAAGGGGCUUGUCCCCGAAACGUAAAAAUAUAAUUUAUUUACUUUGAAGUUUUAUGAUUUCUUGAUAUUUAUAUAUAUAUAUAUAUAUAUAUAUAUAUAUAUAUAUAUAUAUAUAUAUAUAUAUAUAUAUAUAUAUAUAUAUAUAUAUAUAUAUAUGUAUAUAUAUAUUCUUGGAAUUGAAUUUUUACGCGUUUACUACACUUCAUUGUUCCCAAUUUCUCAGAAAUUAUGUGUAAUUUUGAAUUAAUAUGCUAUAGUCACCAAUUGCAACACGAAACCUUGCAAUGAAGGAAAGUGUAAAGUCGAUGAUGGAAAAGUGAAAUGUUCUUGUGGAAAAAAAUAUAUGGGAGAAUAUUGCGAAAUCAAAGGUAAAUGUAAAUUGGAAAAAGUAUUCACCCCGCGAUUCUCGAGUCUGGCGAUUUGGAUUUUUUACACCACUGGAAAACUAUGUUAAAUCAUUUUAUAGUGUUUAUCUUGGAAAGGAAGACGUCAGUUUUUUAUAAUUAAUGGGACUUAGAAAUUACAAAGUGC